AUGCUUGCGAUUUCUACGAGAUUUUUCGCUACGAAAGUUGCUGCUGCAACCGGAGUUGCUACAAAGUUCCCAACAGGACUGAAAAUCAGUCCAUACGCAAUGUACAUCAAAGAGAAUUUCAAAAAUGAUGCCAACAAGAAAAAUACGGAAAUCGUGAAAGAUUUGUCUGUCAAGUGGAAGGCUAUGAAAGAUUCUGAGAAGAAUAAGUAUUCGGAGUUGUCGAAGAGCCACAACGAGAAGAGGAUGAAGGAUUUCUUGAAACUUUCAACCGAAGAACAAACAAAGCUUGUGAAUGAGGCUCAAGAAAAGAAGGCAGACCGCGCCACGAGACGCGAAGCGAAGGAACGUCGUGAGAAAAGAAAACAGGAAGGACGUCCAACUGUUCCACCCAAUGCUUAUGCACUUUUCAUUAAAGAGAAAUUGUCCGGUACUGGAUCUGAAAACAAGAACAAGAUGAAGGAGGCAGUUGAGCAAUGGAAAAGUUCCAGUGAUGCUCAGAAACAGAAGUACACCGUUGAGGCCAAGAAGCUGAAGGACGAGUACCACAAUACUCUCGCCAUUUGGGCAAGUGAGAAGAAGGAGAAAUCCUCCAAAUAA